AUGCUCUCAACACUGCACCUCUGGUCAGCACCAGCACCCGUCACCGGGCCAACCCCAUCACCAUACAGCAGCCUCCAAUCCCUAUACUCAUGGACAGCAUCAUCACCCUCACCCUCACCAAUUCACAAUGUUCCCUCACCGUCACGACUCACCCCCGCUCCAACCCCCAUCCAAAAAGAUUCAACCCUCCACCUCCCCCGAAUACUAUGUCUCCACGGCGGCGGCACAAACGCGCGCAUCUUCCGCUCGCAAUGCCGCGUCCUGCGCGCCAGACUAAGCCCACACUUCCGCCUCGUCUUCGCAGAAGCCCCCUUCGCCUCAACGCCCGGUCCCGACGUCGUCUCCGUAUACGAGAAGUGGGGGCCGUUCAAGGCGUGGUUCCCCGCGGAGUCUGCGGCCGCGAGAGCCGGAAAGAGUUUCGAGGACGCGAAGGCGCAUGCGAUGGGACGAGGCGGGGAGGCGGUGCGGAUUGAUGAGGAUGAUGAGGUGAAUGAGAGGGCGAUUCGGGGGAUUGAAAGCGCGAUCCAAGAAGCGAUGGAGAGGGAUGAUGGGCUUGGUGCAACGGGGGAGUGGGUUGGGCUGUUGGGGUUCAGCCAGGGGGCGAAGAUGGCCGCGAGUUUGUUGCUCAGGCAGCAGCAGCAGAACGAGAGGGAAAGUCGCAGCGAAAGCUCCAAUCGAAGCUGGAGGUGGGAGGCGAAGCAGACGCAGACGCAGACGCAAACAAAGCCAGGAUCGACAGCAAACGUCAACUACCGCUUCGCUGUUAUUCUCGCCGGUCGCGCGCCAAUGGUCUCGCUAUCCCUCGACAAAGACGACGACGAGCUCGAUUCCCCAUUUUCGGAAUCCAGCUAUGGCUCUGGUUCAUCCUUUAGCUUCGCGUUCGAACCAGCCCUCCACCUUCCCACGAUCCACGUCCACGGCCUCAAAGACCCGGGGUUGUCAUUGCACCGCGACCUCCACGACUACGGCUGCGAGUAUGGUAGUACAAGGCUCGUCGAAUGGGAGGGGGGACACAGGGUCCCCAUUCGCAGCCAGGACGUCAGCUCGGUCGUGGACGAAAUACUGGAUGUCGCGAGGGGGGAGGGCGUGAUAGCCUGA